UUUUUAAGUCAUAUUUCGCGUGGGCAUCAGAUCAGAACGUUAUCCCUUCUUUGUCAGAAUUUGUUCGUUUGAAUGUUGACUUCGUAGCCAGAUCAACUCCAAAAUCGAAUGAACUCUUGGCAUUGGAGGGUUCGUGGAUAAAGCGUUUCGAGUUAGCUUCAAAUAUAUUACGUACCAAGGAAAGUACAUUGCGUUUACCCAAGAUAAUUAAAGAUAAAGCCGAUUGGUCUUGUGUUAUCGAAAAAAGGCACAGGAUCCAAAUCUCAGAAAGUCGUCGCGAAAAAACCUACACUAUGUAUUCAAACGAGAAUGAGUAUGUUGGAAAUGAGUUGUUAGAAGACCAGAAAAAACCAGAACUUGACACAAAUAAUCCUGUUGAUGCAAAAACUACCCGACUUACGAAACGACUUCUAGAUGUCGCAAAAGAAAGCCCUCCAAAACGUGUGGCAAAG